CAUCACUUCGUCUGCGCUCUCACGCCACUGACGCUCCAUUCCUUCCUUCCUUGUCCCCUUCCCCCACCAACUCCGCCCACCGGCGAUGGACGCUUCCGACCGCCGCCUCCGCGCCGUCUCCGCCCACCUCCGGCCGCCCGCGACCUUCGCCCCCCUCCGCAGCGGCAGCGACCUCGCCGCCAGUCCCACCGCAGGGGAGUACGCCCACGUGCUGGGAUACAGUGUUGUUCUCCCUGAGAAGUUGCAAACUGGGAAGUGGAAUGUUUACCGAUCUGCACAGUCACCUAUAACACUAGUAAAUAAACCCCUGGAUAAUCCAGACAUUGGAACGCUGCAUGAUAAUUUUGUGUAUGCAGUUGAGACUUUCAGAGAUUGUACAUACCUAGGUACACGAGUCCAAGCAGAUGGAACUGUUGGAGACUACAAAUGGAUGACGUAUGGAGAAGCUAGUACGAGCAGGACUGCAAUAGGUUCUGGUCUUAUUUAUCAUGGAAUACCUGAGGGUGCAAGCGUUGGUCUGUAUUUUAUAAACAGACCUGAGUGGAUCAUAGCUGAUCAUGCUUGUUCUGCAUACUCAUAUGUUUCUGUGCCACUUUAUGAUACUCUUGGGCCAGAUGCAGUUCAGUUCAUCGUAAACCAUGCGACAGUAGAAGCUAUUUUCUGUGUUCCUCAAACACUAAGCACUCUUUUAAGCUUUAUAACUCAAAUGCCUUGUGUUCGCCUUAUAGUGGUAGUUGGUGGAAUCGAUGAGAACAUGCCAUCUGCAUCUGCAAUUACUGGAGUCGAAAUUAUAACCUACUCCAGGCUACACAACCAGGGACAUACAAGUCCGCAACCCUUUAGGCCUCCAAAACCUGAAGAUGUUGCCACUAUCUGCUACACCAGUGGAACUACUGGCACACCAAAGGGAGCUGUUCUUUCUCAUGCGAACUUAAUUGCAAAUGUAGCAGGAUCAAGCUUGGUCAUUAAGUUUUACCCCUCUGAUGUGUACAUCUCAUAUCUACCUUUGGCACACAUUUACGAGAGAGUUAACCAAAUUUGGCUGCUUCAACGCGGUGUUGCCAUUGGGUUCUACCAAGGGGAUAAUUUGAAGCUGAUGGAUGAUCUUGCUACUCUAAGACCAACAAUAUUUGCAAGCGUUCCCCGGUUAUAUAACAGAAUUUAUGCCGCAAUUACAAAUGCUGUGAAGGAAUCUGGUGGUAUGAAAGAACGGUUAUUUAAUGUUGCAUAUCAUGCCAAGAGGCAAGCUAUUAUUAAUGGACGAAAUCCAUCACCUAUGUGGGAUAAGUUGGUAUUUAACAAAAUAAAAGCAAGGCUUGGUGGACGAGUAAGACUUAUGUCUUCAGGUGCUUCUCCAUUGUCGCCAGAUGUAAUGGAAUUCCUGAGGAUAUGCUUCGGUGGUGAAAUUCUUGAAGGUUAUGGAAUGACAGAAACAUCUUGUGUCAUUAGCACAAUGGAUGUUGGUGAUAAAUCCAUUGGUCAUGUUGGAUCUCCAAAUCCUGCUUGUGAGGUUAAACUCGUGGAUGUCCCAGAAAUGAACUACACAUCUGAAGAUCAACCAUAUCCUCGUGGAGAAAUUUGUGUCCGGGGACCUACAAUAUUCCUUGGUUACUAUAAAGAUGAAAUUCAAACACGGGAGGUCAUUGAUGAGGAUGGUUGGUUGCAUACUGGGGACAUAGGUUUGUGGCUGCCUGGAGGCCGCCUAAAGAUUAUAGAUAGGAAAAAGAACAUUUUCAAGCUAGCUCAAGGAGAAUACAUAGCUCCGGAGAAGAUCGAGAACGUCUAUGCUAAGUGCAAGUACAUUGCCCAGUGCUUUGUAUAUGGUGAUAGCUUAAAUUCUUCUCUAGUUGCCAUUAUAGCAGUUGAGCCAGAUGUGUUGAAGGCUUGGGCUGUAUCAGAAGGUAUCCAGUGUGAGGAUUUAAGACAGCUCUGUGCUGAUCCUAGAGCAAAAGCUGCCGUGCUGGCUGACAUGGAUUCUAUUGGGAAGGAAGCACAGCUAAGAGGUUUUGAGUUUGUCAAAGCCGUUGCUCUCAUCGCUGAACCAUUCACACUGGAGAACGGUCUCCUCACCCCAACAUUCAAGGUCAAAAGACCACAAGCGAAAGCGUAUUUUGCAAAAGAAAUCUCAGAUAUGUAUGCACAGCUGCAUGAUGCAGAAUCAGGCAGGGCCAAGUUGUAAAUACUCGAGCAAUGAUCAGAAGAAACAAUUGAUCAAGACAGUAGAUUAAGUUUCAAAUUGUUCACACCGCGCACACCAUGAAAUAAGGGCCUGGCUUCUACUGACACGGUAAACAAUUGUGAUGAUGAUUCUUGAAAUUCUUGAACCUCUCCUCCCACGUCCAGGAACCAAAACUUAAUUUUGGUUAUCAUGUGAUAAAGUAUAACUGCACGCCCCUGCAUAUGCAUUUCCUGAGCUUGUUUUUAUAUGAUGUAUACAUGUAAUCCCUGACCUUGUAAAGAUGCUCACAAGAAUUAUUUGUUGUCCUAAAGAAUUAUAUAUCUCUACAGGAAGACACUUUGUAGCAGUCUUGAUAUACUCUCUUUGUAACAUUAUGAUACAGGUAAAAUCUGGAAUUAAGCUACUAUGUAUGGAUUGUAUA